UCUUUUGAAGAUGAUUAUGAAGAAUUCAACCCACAAGAGUUCCUCUGUGCUGCAGUCAGACCUAAAGCAUAUGUGUAUAAUGCUUAUUUGGAAUAUUGUGAUCAAAAUCCUAAAAGCUUUACUAAACACAUUCAAGAAUUAUUUCUAUUAUUGAAGGAAUAUGGUAUUUUUCCACCUGAGUGUAUUAUGACACGUUAUAUAGAAGUUUGUAAUAAACAUGAUUGGUCUGCACAAACAACAAGACUAAUAAACUCUGAAUGUAGUAGGUGUAGACAUAAAGCAUUAAAUACAGCGUUAACUGACAUAGAAUUUAAGUUGUUGCAACAAACUGUUAUGUCAAAAUUGUUUGUUGAUAAAGUUUAUGAAAUAAGUAGUCCACAGGAAUUGAACAGGUUUCUAUAUUUUCUUGAGGAAACAAAACCAUAUGAUGUUGUUAUUGAUGGGUUAAAUCUCCUAUAUAGUAACAAUAUUAAAAACCUCAGAUCAGAUAACCUUGUGUUGCUUCUUAAACAUUUACACAAGAUAAAUAAGAAAGCACUUGUAAUUGGAAGAAACCAUAUGGAAAGACUCAAUGUUGUAAAACAGUUGCAGGAGACAACAAACUUUUAUUUUUUGAAGAAUACGUCACAAGAUGACCAAUUUAUUUUAUAUGCAACAAUAGUGAGUGGAAAUCAGGCCAUGAUCAUCUCUAAUGACUAUAUGCGUGAACAUAAAUUUGCUCUGAAAAAUGCAAAGUUGAAUAUUCUUUUUAGAAGGUGGCAACAUUCCCAUCAGUACAUAUUUAAUAUAGAUGCUGCCGGACAGGUUCGUCUACAAUUGCUAAGUGGAUCUUACAGAGAUCCAGAGCACAGAAUAAAUUCUGGUGUUGAAAAGUCUGGUGACUUUUGGCAUUUGCCAUUCCAAAAACAUUGGCAUGUUACGAAAAUAAGUCUGCAAGCGCCAAAACAGUGGGCUUGCUUUAGAUUACCUGACUCCUGUGGUCACUUUAAACAAUAAAAAUAAUAUUUUGUAGAACUA